GGGUUUGAGGCUAAAAAGACAGAUUUUUGAGAGCCGCCGCGAUGUCCCCGCCGGUACCAGCGCUGACCCCGGAGCAGAAGCAGGAGCUGGCGGCCAUCGCCCAGCGCAUCGUCGCCCCCGGCAAGGGCAUCCUGGCCGCCGAUGAGUCCACUGGCAGCAUCGCCAAGCGGCUGAGCUCGGUGGGGGCGGAGAACACGGAGGAGAACCGGCGUUGGUACCGGCAGCUGCUCUUCACGGCCGACAGCCGCGUGGACCCCUGCAUCGGUGGCGUCAUCCUCUUCCACGAGACCCUCUACCAGAAGGCGGCCGAUGGGCGUCCCUUCCCCGAGGUCAUCCGCAGCAAGGGCGCCCUGGUGGGCAUCAAGGUGGACAAGGGGGUCGUGCCCCUGGCUGGCACCAACGGCGAGACAACAACCCAGGGGCUGGACGGGCUGAUGGAGCGCUGUGCCCAGUACAAGAAGGACGGGGCCGACUUCGCCAAGUGGCGCUGUGUCCUCAAGAUCACCGAGCACACGCCCACGCGCCUGGCUGUCAUGGAGAACGCCAACGUCCUCGCCCGCUACGCCAGCAUCUGCCAGCAGAACGGCAUCGUCCCCAUCGUGGAGCCCGAGAUCCUCCCAGAUGGUGACCACGACCUGAAGCACUGCCAGUACGUCACCGAGAAGGUGCUGGCCGCCGUCUACAAGGCGCUGAGCGACCACCACGUCUACCUGGAGGGGACGCUGCUGAAGCCCAACAUGGUGACACCGGGUCACGCCUGCAGCAAGAAGUACAGCCCCGAGGAGAUCGCCAUGGCCACCGUCACCGCCCUGCGCCGCACCGUGCCACCCGCUGUCCCCGGCAUCACCUUCCUGUCGGGUGGGCAGAGCGAGGAGGAGGCCUCCAUCAACCUCAACGCCAUCAACCGUUGUCCCCUGCCCCGGCCAUGGGCCCUCACCUUCUCCUACGGCCGCGCCCUCCAGGCCUCGGCCCUGCGCGCCUGGGCCGGCAAGAAGGACAACACCAAGGCGGCCCAGGAGGAGUACGUCAAGAGGGCCCUGGUGGGUGACCGUCACCUCCCUGGGGACACGGGGCCGGGUGGGAUGGGUGGAGAACUUCAAGGAGGGUGUGCUGGGUCACCGUGGAGACCUGGGAGGGUCGGGGACAUCUUGGGCAUGGAGGGGACCUGCGGCCAGGUGGAGGACGUCAAGGAGGGUGUGGUGGGUCACCCACGGGGAUGUCGGAGGGAUGGGGGACAGAUGGGUCACCCAUGGGGACGUCGGAGGGAUGGGGGACAGAUGGGUCACCCAUGGGGACGUCGGAGGGAUGGGGGACAGAGGGGGCGUGAGGACGCGGGGAGGUGGCCCAGAUGGAGGACAUCAAGGAGAGUGUGGUGGGUCACCAUGGGGAUAUCUUGGGUGACAUGGAGGGGACAUGGGGAGGUGGAGGACACCAAGGAGGGUCUGGUGGGUCACUGUGUCGGAGGGUUGGGGACAUCUUAG